CCUACACCCUGGAGCUCUUUCAAAAUGAAGUUUCUUAUUAGCUAGCUGUAAAGGGACUUCAUCGGCAGGAUGCGGGCUCCAUAUUCAUCCGUACGCUCACCGAUAGUACGCAUCAGUAGAGGCACGUUCUACAGACAUCAUCCGUCCGCCCAGGUGUCACACCCUAACCCGCCGCUGUUCAAGGAUCUCGACUUUGAGCUUUCCUCCACCGCCCAGUUGGCCAAUGGAGAAAAGCAACAACACUGGUGCAUAGUCGGUCCUUCUCUCAGUGGGAAGACCACAUUCCUUGAGGUUCUGCGAGGUUCUCAUCUCAGCAUACCUCCCACGGCCAGGUCGUACCCAUACCUGUCAACAGAUGCCGUUCCCUAUCACUUGAGGACGCCGCACCAGGCGAUCCAGUAUGUGGGGUUUGAUGCCAGCAGCUCGUCUGGCCUUGGUCCUGCGACGUCCACUUAUCUCGCCGCAAGGUACGAAUCUCGUCGUGAGGAUACAGACUUUUCGCUCCGGGACUACCUGCUUGGCAACACCGAGCUGAACCCCGCUGAGAAAUCCAAUCACUCUGCCGCCGAAGAAGAGAAGCUUCUUGGGCAGGUUGUACACGAUUUGAAGCUCGCUCCCCUGCUCGAACUCCCCGUUUCGUUUCUGUCCAACGGCCAGGGCCGCCGGGCACGUAUUGCAAGGGCUUUGCUGCGAACCCCCGAGGUCCUGUUGUUGGACGAGCCGUUCAUGGGCCUCGAUCCUCCGACUGUGGUAGCACUUAGUCCUUUCCUGCGUGGAUUGGCGGAGCAAGCAGCUCCCAGGCUCGUCCUCAGCAUUCGACCCCAGGAUCCCUUACCAUCAUGGAUCAGCCACCUGGUGUAUCUGGGUAACAACUGUCAGGUUGCUUCUAUAGGUCCCAAGGAGGAUGUUAUGGAUCAGCUGAGGUCCUAUGUUAGUCGAGUUGCUGACUCUAAGACACCCGAGGACCCUGCGCUCCCCGUCUCUGCAUUGAGGGAGAUGGGGAGAACGUUAACGGAGGACGGGGUGGAAGGGACGGUUUUCGAUGCUGUAGGACUAGCGAGCAGUAUCGCUUUGCCUGACUGUCCCAACGCGACCGCUGAAGGGACCAAGAAUACGGGAGAGCCAUUGGUAGAGAUGAAUGGCGUUCAAGUCGGCUAUGGCGAUAAGAUUGUACUCGGUAAUUGGGACAACAAGAAUACAACCGGCCAAACCGGUCAAAAAGGUCUGGUAUGGACAGUUCGUCGGGGCGAACGCUGGGGUAUAUUCGGGGCCAACGGCUCGGGCAAGACAACUCUCUUCAGCCUGCUGGGGUCAGACCAUCCUCAGUGUUAUUCACAACCGGUCAAACUGUUCGGGCGAAGUCGACUGCCAGAGCCAGGGUCUGGUCAGCCGCCGUUGACUUUCUGGGACAUACAAGAACGCAUCGGACACUCCAGCCCUGAGAUACACGGCGCUAUACCCCGGCGACUAAGUGUCCGGCGUGUCCUGGAGACGGCAUGGGCUGAGACAUUUAUCAGCACCCCGAAGCUGGAUGCGAAUGCUAGCGAGAAGGUGGAAGCGACUCUCAGUUGGUUUGAACGAGAGCUGAACCCCGCGGUGCACAGCGAAAAUGAUCAGACAAACCAGAAUUCAGGCUCUAGGACUCUGAAAUGGGCCGACAAUUAUCUUUUCGGUGAGCUUUCCUUCAGCGCUCAACGCGUAUUGCUGCUCCUCAGGGCAAUCAUCAAAAGUCCGGACAUUGUAGUGCUCGAUGAGGCCUUCAGCGGCAUGGACGAGGCGGUCAGGGACAAGUGCAUGCUUUUCAUCGCGCACGGCGAGGAGAAGAUUCUCGCUGCCGAGGGCGGCAGGCAGGUUGUGGUGGAGAGUCAAGUGAAGCAGGAUGGCAAGGUCCGCGUCACGGGCCUCUCGGAUCGCCAAGCAUUCAUAUGCAUCAGUCAUGUCAAGGAGGAAGUGCCGGACUUUGUGAGGGAGUGGCUCUGUCUGCCAGAGGCAACUUCGGGGUUGCCGGCGCGAUUCGGGCGUUUGGACGGGCCUUUGAGGCUGGAUGGAAAGAGAUGGGAUGAUAUAUGGGGAAUGGGACUGGGUGCUAGGUAGGAAUGCGAAUAUGUGAAAUUAUAGCCG